GUUUCCGGGCGGAUGGCGCUGAGGAGCCCUUUAGAACCGAAGUUCCGAGGACUGAAAGAGGGCAGGCGUGAGCAACCAUGGCUGGGCAGCACCUCCCGGUACCCCGGCUGGAGGGCGUUUCUCGGGAGCACUUCAUGAAGCACCUCUACCCACAGAGAAAACCUCUUGUUUUGGAAGGAAUUGAUUUGGGGCCAUGUACAAGCAAAUGGACGGCAGAUUACCUAAGCCAAGUUGGAGGGAAGAGAAAAGUAAAGAUUCAUGUUGCUGCAGUUGCACAGAUGGACUUCAUUAGUAAGAACUUUGUAUAUAGAACUUUACCUUUUGACCAGUUGGUCCAGAGGGCAGCUGAAGAGAAGCACAAAGAAUUCUUUAUUUCAGAGGAUGAGAAAUACUACUUACGGUCACUUGGAGAAGAUCCUAGAAAGGAUGUUGCAGAUAUCAGAAAGCAGUUUCCUUUGUUGGAAGGAGAUAUUAAGUUUCCAGAAUUCUUCAAAGAGGAACAAUUCUUUUCCAGUGUUUUUCGAAUUAGUUCACCAGGAUUACAACUUUGGACUCAUUAUGAUGUAAUGGAUAAUUUCUUAAUACAAGUGACAGGAAAAAAGCGUGUUGUACUCUUCAGUCCUCGAGAUGCCCAGUAUUUAUAUUUAAAAGGUACUAAAUCAGAAGUUCUGAAUAUAGAUAACCCAGACUUGGCUAAAUAUCCACUUUUUUCCAAGGCUAGAAGAUAUGAAUGUUCCCUUGAAGCUGGUGAUGUAUUAUUCAUUCCUGCUUUAUGGUUCCAUAAUGUAAUUUCUGAAGAGUUUGGAGUGGGAGUGAACAUCUUUUGGAAGCACCUUCCAUCUGAAUGCUAUGAUAAAACAGAUACCUAUGGCAACAAAGAUCCUACAGCAGCAUCAAGAGCUGCACAAAUUUUGGACAGAGCCUUGAAAACACUGGCCGAAUUACCAGAGGAAUAUAGGGACUUCUAUGCACGACGAAUGGUCGUACACAUUCAAGACAAAGCCUACAGUAAGAACUCUGAGUAAAGAAUUAAGUGAAUGCAAUGCACAUAAACAGUUUAAUAACAUUUAGGUCAAAUACUUUAAAGGUAUAAUGAUAUAAAUUAAUCUUUAAAUAUUUUGUUAAAAUAGGAAAGAUAAAUCAGAUUUACAGAUUAUAUAAGUAAGAAGGGGUGUUUGUGUGGAUUCUACUUGAUGCAGAUUAUUAUAAUUAAAGAAUGCUGUGCUGGGACCACUCUUUAACAUUCAGAUGCUGACCACUAAAUGUCCAACUGAAAAUGACUUAAAUAAUAAGAAAAUAUAUUGAAUCACAAUACAUGAAAUUUAUAGAUAGAAUGGGCUGCAGUGUUUCUGAUCCAGUGAUUCGGUAAUAUCAUCAAGAACCUUGGGAGACCGCCUCUGCACCCCACCCCCUUUUCACCCACAGCAUUGGCAUCCUCCUAAGUCUGGCUACCCUCGUGGUCAUGGGAUGAUUGCCAGUAGCAGUUGGAGCCUUCUGCAUCUUCAUUUACAUGCAGCGGAAGAGUCAGGCUGGAUUCUAGGGGCCUCGUCCUAAGAUGAGAAAGCUUUCCCAGAAUUCACUUUCCAUAUCCUAAGGUCUCAUUGCUCUAAAAUAACUUAGUCCUGUCUAUCCCUGAGCCAGUCACUGGCAAAGGGUCUGGAAUAACACUUAGGGCAGUAAGGUCUGCUGGAGUUGAGAGUAGAAGUGUAGGCCUCAUGAGGGGUAUAUGGGGACAGAAUGGAUACGUUUUUAAAAUCAUGGUUCUGAUAGGAAAACCAUGAGUAACUAAUAGUAUCUGUUACAUUUGCCUAGAAGCAGAAUUUUAUGAGGAACUUUUUCUGUACAGAUACCUAGGUCCCAACUUUAUAGACUGAUUGAGAAUGUUUGGGAUUUCGUAUAGGAACUUAAUGAACCUCACAGGGUGUUUUCACACAUAAUCAACUGAGAUCAACUGGACUUGAUAGUGACUUGUAUUAUUAGUUUGUAAUUAGUCCAAAACAAAUGUUUAAUCUGAUCCUGACGUUUUUUGCCACCCAGUUUGUCAGGUCUGUCCUUUUUUUAAAAAAAAAUUUUGAAUGUUAGGAAACAUUUACUUAAAGAAUGAAUAAAUGAGAUCUUAAUAGUGUUGUCAUAGAAGACAGUGAGCCAUUGUGUAUGGAUCUCUGCUAUUCUUUGUUCUGUACCUAGUAAUUAUAUUGCAGUGUCAUUGAAAAGCAGAUCAUCUUUGCUGAACAUAAAUGUGCCCAUCUAAAGCAAUCUCUUAGUACCUCAAUUUGGUGCAUUUUAAUUAGAGAAAAUAAUUUUCUCUAUUGAAGAGAAUCCAUCCAUUCAUGCCCUAUAAAUUAUAGUAAAUAAGAAAGGAAAAGCAUAUAAAACAUUCUGAGUUUUCUAAGUGUCUUUGGAAACAGAUAAGUUACUCAGGUCAACAAAGCUGAAAAAAGUCUUGUCAGAAAAGGAAUGUUUAUAUUAGCCACAUUUAAUUAUCAGAUUUUGAUCUUUGUUACCUUAGGCUAAGCAAAGAACUUCUUUAGUGAUUCCUUGUCCUUCAGUAGGGAAAACACAAAACUCCUCUUAGUGUACACAGUAUUUAUGGUCAGUUUUUCAUCAUUUUUUUUUUCUUAGCAAUUGAACUGAUAGAAAGUAUAAAUCUAGAGUCAUGUAGAAAACUUGGAAGUAACAGAUUACAGUUGUGCACU